AUGACUGAACUUUCGUUGAGAAUGACGAUCCACCAAGCACUUCAGGCCAGCUUUGGUAUUGUUGGUACGGCUUCUAUUGUGACAGUGCUUGAUUGGGAUGAGACCUCUCUUGAAGGUAUCAUCAAAAUAGAACAAAGGCAAAAAGAAACUCACAAGUUACAUCAUUCCAAUAUGUCUUUAUUUUUUAAUAAUGAUAAUUGGACCAUUAUUCAUUAUCUAUUGCCUAUUGUCUAUUGCCUAUUUGAGCUUGUAACUGUCUGGAGUGCACUGGCAAACCAUCAAUUCUUGAUGAGUGGACAACCCUGUGCAUUUGAUAUCCUGGGAUCUUCAGCCAGUCUGAUCAGUCUUGCAAACGACAGCCGAUCCGCUCGAUUCUGA